AUGGCCCAAGUGCUCCGCAGACUCCGCAGCUCCCAGCCAGUCGCCCGCUUCCAGCGCUGCUGCGGGCUCUUCCCCGCCGCGGAGGAAGGAGCCGGCGAUGGGCUGGCGGGGACCGUGGGCGGUGGGGACCAUCUCCCGGCCCGGGACACCUGCCCCGGGAGCAGCCCCGCCAGGCAGCGGCUGCCAGAGGCCAACGGUGUGAAGAGCAGCCCCCAGCCGCAGGAUUGUGCACAGAAGUAUGUUGUGAAGAAUUAUUUCUACUACUACCUGUUCAAGUUUUCAUCUGCCUUGGGUGAAGAGAUUUUUUACAUCACAUUCCUUCCAUUCACCUACUGGAACAUCAAUCACGAUGUGUCGAGGAGGCUGAUAAUGAUGUGGUGUAUUGUUAUGUACAUAGGCCAAGUCACUAAGGACAUCCUGAAGUGGCCUCGUCCUCAUUCACCGCCUGUUGUGAAGCUGGAAAUGAGAGCAGAAUAUGGAAUGCCAUCCACCCAUGCCAUGGCAGCUACAUCCAUUUCCUUCACAUUUUGUAUUGCAACAAUAAACCAAAACAAGUACUCACUUGUGUUAGGACUAAUGGCAGCAUUUGUAUUGUCUACUUUGGUGUGUCUCAGCAGACUUUACACUGGAAUGCACACUGUACUGGAUGUGAUUGGUGGAACUCUGAUUUCAGCUGCGUUAAUUGCACUCACAUAUCCUGCAUGGGAUAUCAUAGACCACUUGAUGUUAACUAGUCCAUUCUGCCCUAUACUUUCCAUAGUCGUGCCCCUUCUCCUAUGUUACAACUAUCCCAAACUAGAGGAUUACAGCCCUACUCGAGCAGACACAACAACUGUCCUUGGAGCAGGAGCUGGAGCAACCAUAGGAUUCUGGUUAAAUAACCUAUAUGCAGCACCAAACUAUCCCAACGAAAGUCUUCACCUCAACCUUCCUCUAAUCAGUGAGAUGAUGAUGGUGGUGCUGGCAAAGUUCUUAGUAGGGGUUUUUAUUCUUUUGGUCACACGUUAUUUCAUCAAAGGCAUGGCCCUCCGUGUGUUGUGUUCUAGGUACCAGGUUUCUGUCAACAAUCUAGAAGCCAGACGACGACUGGAAAUAGAAGUGCCCUACAAAUUUAUAACAUAUUCUUCUGUUGGCUUCAGUGCUACUGUGCUUGUGCCAUUAGUGCAUGACUUAUUAGGAUUAAUAUGA